GGUUAAUCAAGAUGGCAGCCCACAUCAUAAAACGAUUUCUUGUUCGAAAGAACAUUUUAUUCUCGGCAGUUCGGCUUCGGAAUGAUUACACCUCUCUUUCAGUUAUAUUAUCAAAUCGAAAGUUAUUUCACACAUCGGUAAAUUAUUCGUCUGUCGCUAAAUCGAAAGCACCUCAAUCAUUAAAUGAUGAAGACGGCAACAAUCGUUUUAAAAAACCUCACUGCAACAUUGGAACAAUUGGACAUGUUGACCAUGGGAAGACUACCUUAACUGCUGCAAUAACCAAAGUGUUAUCAGAUGUGUACAGUGAUGAAAAUAAAUUUGUGAGCUAUGAAGCUAUUGAUAAGGCUCCUGAUGAAAUUAAACGAGGCAUUACAAUAAAUUCUGCCCACAUAGAAUAUGUAACAACCAACAGGCAUUAUGCACACACUGAUUGUCCUGGUCAUAUUGAUUACGUCAAAAAUAUGAUAACAGGGACAUCUCAGAUGGAUGGAGCUAUUCUUGUUGUUGCGGCUACUGAUGGAACUAUGCCGCAGACCAGAGAGCACUUACUGUUGGCCAAACAAAUAGGGAUUGAGAAAAUUGUAGUCUUUAUAAACAAAGCAGAUGCUGUGGACAGUGAAAUGGUAGAGCUGGUAGAAAUGGAAAUCAGAGAAGUUCUUACUGAAUAUGGUUUUGAUGGAAAUAAUUGUGCUGUAGUUUAUGGUUCUGCUCUUCAAGCUUUGAAAGGAGAGAACCCUUCCCUCGGUAGGGAUAAAAUUCUUGAACUAUUGGAUGCCGUUGAUAAAACUAUCCCGACACCGCAGAGAAAUCUCAAUGAACCAUUUUAUAUGCCUGUUGAGAAGUUAAUUUCAGUUCCCGGGAGGGGAACAGUAGCAAUAGGAACAAUAAAAAAAGGAACAAUUCGUAAAGGGGAUGCAGCAGAGGUUGUUGGAUAUGGAAAUCUGAUAAAAACCACCAUUUCAGAUUUGCAUGUUUUUAGCAAAGCUGUUAAAGAAUGUACUGCUGGAGAAAAUAUUGGAGCUUUGUUAAGGGGAGUGAAAGAUGAAGCUUUGCUUCGAGGAAUGAUUUUAGGAGCACCCAAUACAUUAACUCAAAGUGUUGCCUUUGGAGCCCAAAUUUAUUUAUUAAAAAAGCAUGAAGGUGGGAGGGAACGUCCUAUAACAAAUAACUACAUUCAAAUGAUGUAUAGCAACACUUGGAAUAUAUCAUCUUGUGUACAACUACCAGUAAAUACAACAAUGCUUAUGCCUGGUGAGGCCUCGAAAGUAGAAGUAUUUUUAAGGUUGCCUAUGGUGGUGUCUCCUGGUCAGAGAUUCACUAUUCGGGAGAACAAUAUCACAACAAUUACUGGGCUUGUCACAGAGAUUUUGCCUAAUCCUGAUGUCAAAAUCAAAGGUUUUAAUGUGGAAAAGCAAGUGAGGCAUAUGAUUCAAGGGAAUGCCCAGGUCACAAGAAGUUCUAGGCUGAAAAGAAAAAGAAAAGAUCUUUAACAUCCUAGUUUAUUUUCACAGCAAUUCAUGGAUCCAUUUUUAUUUGUGUUAGCUUACAUUAGUCACAAACUGAUUUAAAUGACUUAACAAACAAGUUGAGUAAACAUUUGUUUUUUUUAAAAAAAGGGACAUGGUUACUUGUUCUUAAAGUUUGAUGAUUCUAUUUUUAAAAACGUAGGAAAAAUUUUAAAAUUAUAUUUUUCUCAGUACCGGUAAUGUUAGGCUUGUAAACAAUUAUAAUUAGCUGGUUUGUUUUUCAUGUAAGAUGUUUAAAUUUUGUUUUCUCUACUCCUGUCUUUCAACUUUCUUUUUCAGUCUCAAAGCUACCAGUGCCUGAU